AAACUAUUUCAUGUCGCUGCCAAAAUAGAACAUUGCAGAAGCAAGGGAGAUAACUGAUAUUUUUGGAAGGUAGUAUCAGUGGGCUCCGGGUAUAUAAACCUGCGAAUUCGCGCAGUUAAAGCACACUCACGGAAACAGUCACAGCUCAACCAUGAAAGCCGCCCUAGUCCUGCUCUGCCUCGCCCUCUUGAUGGCGCUCUGCGCCGGAGUCUACGGCUGCAAUCCCGAUGGCAACAACAAGCCCGACUGCACCAACUCCACCAACGUGGAGGUGAAGAUCCGCAACUUCUGGGACCCCACCCGCUACUGGUGGUGCGCGUCCCUUGGCUCCCAGGAUCCAGAGGUUAAAACUUGCGCGUCGGAAACCGAGAGCACGGAGGAAACCACCGGAUUCGACCCCACAACCAAGUCGUGCAUCCCCUGGGGCCAAUGGAAGUGGGUCGAUCCCUGUGCCUAAAUAGAUUUCAUUUGUAGGAAAUACAAAAAUGCAUUGAAAACU